ACACAAAACAACUCUGUCAAUACUUUAAAAGCUAUCAACCUAUCAAUGGGAAGCCAAAGCGGUGCUCACUCUGGCUGCUUUUGCCUUGGAAUAUGGCGAUUUCUGGUUCCUUGCUCAGAAUCAACACUCGGACCAGCUUGCCAAGUCUUUGGGAAUCCUGAAGAGAGUGCCUGUCCUGACUAAGCCUGUCGUGCUUCAGAAACGCAGGCAAGCAAUUCUUGAACUAAACAAUCUCAUCAAGGCCACACUUCAGGUUAUGGAAAUCAUCGACCAGUUCGACAAGCUCUCGAUUUAUGAUCCAAAAGAGAUACCUGGGCUGUCUGUAGCACUAGACCAUAUCCCAGUUGACGUCUACUGGUCAAUUGUAGCGGUGGUUGCUUGCUCAACUAAGCUCACUCUUCUCACUAGUGAUGAAGACCAUCCAUAUGAUUUGGCACCCUAUUCACAGAAGAUUCACUACAUACUCAACAAACUUAAGAUCCAGCUUGUUGUUUGCAGAAGACAAGUAGAGGAAAGAGAGACUUACUUGAGGCUCAAGAAAUUUUUUCAGACCCCAACUGAAGUGAUGGAAAUCUUCAAGGCCCUGACAUUUACCAGGGCUAAGCCGCAGCCCCUUAUUGAUGGUUCAACUAACAAACAGGUUAGCAUUGAAGUGCUGAGGAAGAAGAACAUAUUUUUGUUCAUCUCGACUCUCGAAAUCACAGAGGAAGAUAUUUCAGAUCUCAAACCAGUUUAUGAAGGAACAAAGAAAGAUGAUAAUUACAAGAUUGUUUGGAUCCCCGUGGUCGAGAGCUGGACCCCUGAACUUCAAAAGAAAUUUGAGAUCCUGAGGUCUAAAAUGCCAUGGUUCACAGUCCAAUCCCUAUCAGCCACAGUAGGCAUCAAGUUCAUCAAGGAAGAGUGGAAUUUCAAGGGAAAGCCUUCACUGGUUGUGAUGAACCAUCAAGGAAGGAUCGAAAACACCAAUGCCCUCCACCUUGUCAAGCUCUGGGGAACUAAGGCCUUUCCUUUCGAUAAGGCUGCUGAGGAAGCCAUAUCCAAACAAAGGACUUGGUUUCAAACUGUAGUGGUCAAAAUUGACACUACCAUUUCAGAUAAAAUGAUCAGAGCACAUCCUAAUGGUGAAAAUUACAUUUUCUUCUAUGGUGGUAAAGACAACGAGUGGGUGAAAAAUUUUGCAACCAAAGCAACUGCCUUUGCAAACGAUCCCAUCUUCAAGGAAGCAAAGACUGGCAUCGAGCUGUUCUGUGUUGGAAAGAGUCCCAAAGGAGGAGAAGACCAUGGAAUUCUUGGUCGGUUCUGGGAUGGUAUAGAGAGCUUGUUCUUCACCAAAGCUCAUAAGCAGGUUGACCCUGUUACACAAGAAAUCCAGAAGCUGCUUUCCUACAAGAACGAAAACGGUUGGGCUCUGCUUACAAAAGGUCCUCAUGUUGUGACUGCUGGUCAUGGAUUCACAAUGCUGAGGAUUGUGGAGGAGUUUGAGAAAUGGAAGGAGGUUAUUCGCGUGAAGGGGUUCGAAAUCGCUUUCAGAGAGUACCAUGAAAAGCUUAUCCAAUCCGUUCGCCAUUGCUGUCGCCUUGAUUGUUCUGUGUGUACCAUUUUUCCAGCAACUAAAGAAUGAAUUAGCGUCCUAUUA